CAGUGGGGCCGCCUCGACCUCCUCGUCAACAACGCGUCCCUCUUCUUCCUGACGCCGCUGGAGAAGGCCACGGAGCGCGAUUGGGACCAGCUCAUGGACACCAACGUGAAGGCUCCCUUCUUCCUGACGCAGGCCGCGGCACCCCACCUGAAGGCAGCGAAGGGCGGAGUCAUUAACCUGGGCGAUGUUAUAGGCGAGCAGGCCAGCCCUCCGCUCACCAUCUACGGCAUCAGCAAAGCGGCGCUUAUCAUGGCCACCAAAAACCACGCCAUAGAACUCGGCCCAGAGGUGCGAGUCAACUACAUCUGUCCGGGGGCGGUGGCGUGGCCCGAGGUGGAACAGGAUCAUCACGACGACGCCUUCAGGAAGGAAUGGCUCUCCCGGACGCCCCUCGGAAAGAUCGGGACGGCGGAGGACGUCGCGGACGCCGUGGUCUUCCUGGCGUCGCCCUCGUCCUCCUACGUGACCGGCAGCGGCAUCACCGUCUGUGGAGGGAGGUCGCUGAGGCUGUGAAGGAGACGAGGAGGAGAUGGACAGAAGAUGCGUUUGGGGGGGGGGGGGCGGG